AUGGCUGCCCCUUUAGAGUUACAUCAAAAACAAAGAGCAGUGAUUGACUUUCUUGUUGCUGAGGGGGAAAUCCCUGUGAACAUUCACCGAUGGUUACAAAAUGUCUUUGAGGACAAUACUUUAGAUUAUAGCAAUGUAUGCAGGUGGGUCUGUCAUCUGAAAGAUGAAAAGGUGGGAACUGUGAGCGUAGCCGAUAAACCCCGAUCUGGCCAACUGCCCGCUUCUGUGAAUCCUGCCAACAAAGCAAAAGCAGAUGCUCUGAUCAGAGAAGACAGGCACACAACUCUUGAUGAGUUGGCAGAAAACCUUGAAGCGAGCCAUGGAAGUGCUUACAACAUUGUCGAAUCACUUGGCUUUUCAAAAAGUGUGUGCCCAUUGGGUACCAAGAGAGCCGACUACCAAACGCAAGCUUGCACUAAACUUCUCAUACAAAGUCAAAGAGACAACACCUUCUUUCGAAGGCUUGUAAUAUGUGAUGAAACAUGGGUUCAUCAUUAUGAACCAGAAUCAAAGAGGCAGUCAAUAAAAUGGCGCCACUCUAUGUCACCACCACUGAAAAAGUUCAAGACGCAAAAGUCAGCUGGAAAAAUCAUGGCGACUGUCUUUUAG